GUAUUACACCAGGACUUAUAAAACCAGGAAUUUCACAUGGUGCUGAUUUACCUAUAGAUAAUGAAUGUUCACUCCCUUCAAAAUAUGGUGAAAGUUUACUACUUGAAUGCUUAUGGCAUUAUGUGUCAAAAAACUGGUCAAAUCCAAUAUCUCAAUUUGAAUCACAUACAAAUAUGAAACAUUUUGCUAAUAAUCUUUUAGGAAUGGAGCCUCUUGCAUUUCCACAUUCUCUAUGGUUUGGAGCACUUGAUAUUGCACAAAAAUUAAUUACAAAAACUCAAAAAGAUUCAACUUUAGGUAUCUGUUAUUAUUUAGCAUUAGAAUCUUUGCAAAAGGCACCUUCUUCUUUUAUUCGUUUCAAGGCUAUAGAAGCCUUAAUAAAAUUGUCAAAAAGAAAUAUAUUAUUUUACAGUAUUAUUGAUAGUGAUUUUGAAAAUUAUAAACAGUCUUUAGAUCCAGCAAAAGGGUUAAAGUUGCACCAUAUGAUUGAAGCAAUUUGGAAGGCGAUUACAACAGAUAGUUUAAAAUCACCUCAUAUUAUAACUCCGGGAGGCGACUUUAUUUUAGAGGUUGUUACUACAGAAUUAUCUUGUCCAGUUACUUGUAAAAUUUCAAAAAACUUUCAAAUUUUAUCAUGUUGUAAGCACUUAAUUAGCUCUGAAACAUUGCAGCAAAUUAUUAAUAGCAAAUCCCAACCAACUUGCCCAUUUUGUCGGAAACUAAUUAAUUUAAAUUCAGUGAUUAAUUUGCCACAGUCAGCAAUUUAUCAUGGAAUCCGCAAUUAUUUACCUGAAGACAGUAAUAUUAAUAUUGUUCAAGAAAAUAUUUCUAAUGAAAGUAGUGACGAUGAGGAGAUUAAUAUUUCUAAACUCAAAUCUCAACAAAUUUUUAGAAGAUCGAAUCCGACAGUAAGAAAAAUUUUUAAAGCACCAAAAUUUCUUCAUUCAUCUUUAAGAAAAGCAAAUACUGCAUACAAAUUAGGAGAGCUUGAAACUACUAUUAAUGCGCUUACGGAAGUUCUUGAAGAAUAUCCUACAAGUUAUUCAUUACAAUGUUAUCGGGCAAAAGU